AUGAAUGAUUCGGAUAGGACUGCAAGUACGGGAGCAUCGUCCGAGGCCUCCUCAAUUCUUAAAAGGAAGUCAAAUGAUGUCGGAUGGGAGUAUGGAAUGUUAAUUGAUCCGAAGAAUAUUGAUAAAAUUAAAUGUAAGUUGUGUGAUAAAAUUAUGUCUGGAGGUGUUUAUAGAGUAAAAGAACACAUUGGCCACAUUUCUGGAAAUGUUUCUGCAUGUCCAAAAUCUUCUCCAACUGAUCAAGCCAAAUGUAAGAAUGCUAUUGUCGAGGCAAAGAAUAAGAGGAAAAAUAAGAAGAAGGAGGAAGAUUUGAUGAGAUCAACUGUUAAUAUCUCUGAAAGAGUGGAAGGGGAUGAUGAAGAUGAAUUGCAAGAGUUAGGUAGCAGAAAAACGUCCCGUACUCUUGGCCCUAUGGAUAAGUUUGCAAGCUCCAUCAGCCUUGAAACUUGUUUGAGUGCGAGAAUGACCCAAAGGCAACAAACUAUUAGUGAAGCACUAUUUAAAGAGAGAACACAGUCUGUUCGUGAAUAUUGUGCUAGAUGGGUGUAUGAAGCUGGUAUACCUUUCAAUGCAAUUGACAAUGAUAGCUUCAAAUUGUUUGUUGAGGCGGUUGGUCAAUUUGGGCCGGGUUUCAAACCUCCCAGUCAAUAUCAAUUGAAGGAACUGCUAUUAAAGGGGGAAGUUGACAGAAUAAAAGAGUUAUUGAAGAAGCAUGAAGAAGAGUGGGCGCGAACUGGGUGCUCCAUUAUGACAGAUGCUUGGACAGAUAGAAAAAGAAGGAGCAUCAUGAACCUAUGUGUUAAUUCUAAUGCAGAUACUGCUUUCCUUUCUUCUAGAGAGUCUUCAGAAUGA